AUGGAAGUUAACGAAGGUUGCCGGGUUCCUGUCAGACUGAAAAAUGGAGACUGGCAUUAUGCAGAAAUAUUGAGCAAGAAGGAGCAGGGUGGAACUACAUUGUACUAUGUUCACUUUGAAGACUUCAACAAGAGAUUAGACGAUUGGAUAUCAACGGAUAGGAUGGACCUCUCUAGAAUCGAGUCCAGUAAGAAAGAUCUCAAAACUCCAUUGAAACUGACCAAUGGUUCCAGACAGUCCACACCAGAGAGAGAGAUGCAUUUGAACACAGUUAUUGCAACUUCAGUGCCAGGCACCUUAACCAUUCUACUAUCUUGUCACCAAAACGGCACUCAAAAGAAACAGCCAGCCAUUGGUAGGAAGAGGAAGACGUUUGGUGAAGACAUUGCCGACUCGCAAGAUGUGCCUGACCAGAAAAUACCAAGACAGACUGGGAGCAUGGUGGCCCAUCACGAUGACAUCGUCACACGCAUGAAGAACAUCGAACUCAUUGAGAUUGGGAGGCACCAGAUCAAGCCCUGGUACUUUUCUCCCUACCCCCAAGAAAUGACGACACUGCCGGUCAUCUACAUCUGCGAGUUCUGUCUCAAAUACAUCAAGAGCCCCAAAUGUUUGGAAAGACAUCUGGCCAAGUGUCAAGCAAACCAUCCUCCAGGCAAUGAGAUCUACAGGAAGAACAAUAUUUCAUUUUUCGAGAUUGAUGGUCGUAAGAAUAAGACAUAUGCCCAGAACUUAUGCCUGCUAGCCAAACUGUUUCUGGACCACAAGACCUUGUACUAUGACACAGACCCCUUCCUCUUCUACAUCAUGUGUGAGAUUGAUGACAUGGGCUAUCAUAUUGUUGGCUACUUUUCAAAGGAAAAAGAAUCAACGGAAGAUUACAAUGUAGCUUGCAUUCUGACACUGCCUCCAUUCCAGAGGAAAGGAUACGGAAAGCUUCUUAUUGAAUUCAGUUAUGAGCUAUCAAAAAUUGAGGGACGAACAGGCUCUCCCGAGAAGCCAUUGUCAGACCUCGGGCUCCUCUCUUACAGAAGUUACUGGUCGCAAACGAUCAUGGAGAUCCUGCUGAACCUGAAGCCAUCAGAACCUGGCGAACAUCCCAUGAUCACCACCAAUGACAUUUCUGAGAUGACGAGCAUAAAGAAGGAUGACGUCAUAUCGACCCUGCAGCACCUCAACCUCAUCAACUACUACAAAGGCCAGUACAUCGUGACCAUUACUAAUGAGGCUCUCGAAGCGCACACAAAGGCGGCUAAGAAACGAACGAUACGAAUUGAUCCCAAAUGUUUGCAUUGGCAACCAAAAGAUUGGAAUAAAAGAGGAAAGUGGUAG